UUCGUGGACAGAUUUUGGGCGGAGUAAACCAUCUUGCUUCGCCUCUUACUCUCUGGUUGAGUUUAUGUUUGGUUUACCUUGUCUCGCAGGUACUGCUACUGCUGUAGCAAGAAUUUGGGAAACGAAACUAUACCGCGUGUGUUUUGUAGGCAAUUUAAUUUAAGAAGAAAAGUAGAAUACAAAUGCUCUUGUUUUUUGAGGAAUAUAACUUUACGGAAGAAAACUCGGUGGAAAGACCGGCGAUCACUCUUCCCAUGCCGCCCUGGCUCUAGUUAACCACCAUGCCCAGCAGCAGCACAGGGAGCCCCAGACCCUGGUUCGAGCCAGGGGGUCAGGAAGGCCUCGUCCCUUUGGGACCCAAACAUCACCUCUCCCGGGGCCACAGCACCAGCCUGGAGUCCUGCUAUGAGGAGCGAUGUGUGGACCCGGUGGAGGAGAGGCACCAGGGGCCAAAGGUGACAUACCACAAGGCCAACCGCAGGGACGCGCAGAGCAGGGAGGCAGAGGAGACCAUCAGCUUCAUCCCCGGAUCUGGAGACUCUCCUUCAGGGGGUCAGGGGUGUGGUCCCUGUGCCCACUCCUCCCCAGGCAGCUGUAAGAGCUGGGUGUGCAGUGUGCUGACCUGUGGACUCUACAGGGUGUGUCGGAGCACCAUCCUGGCCCCUAGUCCCAGACAGAGCUCCCCAGAUGACGAUCGGGAGAAGGUCAGCCGGGGUCUCCAGGGCCACCUUGGGACCAACGACCCCCAAACCAGUAAGGAGAGUGGUGGUGACUCUGAUUGGUCAGAGGACGUCUACAUCAGAGGGGUCAAAGUGCACAUUUCCACAAUGGAGAAGGAGCCGGUGGUCGUUACCAGGCCUCCGUUACACAAUGGAAGAGGUGGAGGGAGACGGUACAGCCCUCUCUCCUACUCCUGGAACGAGGGGGAUAUGGGUGAUCUGAGUGUGGGUGAUGUGGACUCUCUGAUCACCCAAAAGCUUCUGGAGCUGUACUCUGAGUACCAGAUCGAGGAGCUGGCCCACUGCACCUCAGACUCAGUGUUCCUGAAGAAGACCAGUGAAAUCAGCCAGCUUAUCAGUGAUCUGGCCGAAGAGCAUCAGCUUGAUGAGCAGGAUGCAGAGUGUCGACUGGUCAAGGGCAUCAUCAGGAUCAGCACUAGGAAGAGCAAGAAGAGACCUCAGUGCAAAAAGUCACAGAGGAGAACCUCCGACAGCGGUAACGAAACCAUGAGCAACUAUCAAGCAUCAACCAUCAGCAAUAACAAUGAUUAUUGUAUCCAGAUAUCCAAGGAGACAGAUUCUGAUAUGAAUGCUAGGAACAUGAGGAUCAACAGUGGAGCAGGUAAGAGACUUGACGUGUGUGCUGUGCAGUGUUAUUGUAGUCAUCAUUAAGUGCUUGUUACAAACUCCCUCACGACGCCAGGACAGCGGAGUCAAUCACCACCUUCCGGAGACACCUAAAACCCCAUCUCUUUAACGAAUACCUGGGAUAGGAUAAAGUAAUCCUUCUACC